GUCCUCGGUCAAAUCAACAAUGUGCUGCAUCUUGCUCAGGAUGGCCCUGCUCUCCUCCUGGGUUGGAUCGGAACCCUAUAUUUUUUUGCCGCACUGAGUAAUCCCUGAUAUCUUUUGUUGAGGGGUUGAGGAACAGAAAAAGAGAGCAUGACGUACAUCGUACUCCGCCAUGGACUUCUUGAUCUCGGAGCAGAUCGCGUUGCUCUUGCUCUGCAACUUGAGGACAUCGCUGAGCUUCAUGUCGGACCCCUUGGCGGCGAUCUUGUUGGCCUUGCCGAGCUUGCGCUCGAGGUUGUUGAUGUGCUUCAUGGACUGGGCGACGGACAUUUUGGCGGAUUUUCUUUUUUUUUUUCGGGGGGUUGAUGCUUGGGGCCGGUGAGAUGGAGGAUGUCUGCUGUG